CGUUUAUUUUUGUGGCGUGAGAAUAGCAUGUAGCCGCAGUGGCUUUCCGUUAAAAGUUCUUUAAAGUUAGCCUUCUAGACGAACCACACAGAGGGUGAACCUUAAGACGUGUGCAAAAGGGUUUCAAACACCGCUAAUCUUGGAAGCGUAACCUCACUGUUUCUCUCAAAGAGAGGAUAAUCGGUUGGAUUACACAUAGGAGGUGAGCUACAAAGAUGGAUCCAGCCUUGCUUCGGGAGAGGGAACUGUUCAAAAAGAGGGCUCUCAGCAACCCCACAGUUGAGAAAAGGUCAGCCCAUUCCGAAUCCAGUUCUUCCAAGAAGAAGAGAGCCAAGCUAGAAAAGGAGGCCUCAUCAUCAGGCUCCAAAAACAACACAGACUCCAACAAUGGCUCGUUUAACCUGAAGGCACUCUCUGGCAGCUCUGGCUAUAAGUUUGGUGUUCUUGCCAAAAUAGUCAACUACAUGAAGACUAGGCACCAGAAAGGUGACACACACCACCUUACUCUAGAGGAGAUUCUAGAUGAGUGCAAACUUCUGGACGUUGGCAUGAAGCAGAAACAGUGGCUGAUGAGCGAGGCCCUUGCCAACAACCCAAAGAUAGACGCGGUGGAUGGGAAGUACGGCUUCAAGCCCAAGUACAAUCUGAAGGAUAAGAAGGCUCUGCUGCGGCUACUGGACAAGCAUGACCAACUGGGCAUGGGUGGUAUAUUGCUGGAUGACAUCGAGGAGGGUCUGCCCAACUCGGCCAAGGCCAUCAAAGCUUUGGGUGAUCAGAUCAUAUUUGUGACAAGGCCAGACAAGAAGAAAAUCCUUUUCUACAAUGACAAACAAUGCCAGUUCACUAUGGACGAAGAGUUCCAGAAGUUGUGGAGGGCCAUUCCGGUGGAUUCCUUGGAUGAGGAGAAAAUUGAGGACUACCUGAAGAAGCAGGGCAUCACAUCGAUGCAGGAGACCGGACCAAAGAAAAUGGCACCAGUACAGAAGAGGAAGAAGGCCAGCCAGAAAGGCAAACGGUUCAAGACCCACAAUCACCAUCUGGCUGGAGUCUUGGAGGACUACUCCGAGGGUGUGCCCAACAAGAAGUGAUGCAUCGUGCACCACCACUACAUAGGACACACACACACACACACACACACACACACACACACACACACACACACACACACACACACACAGAGUCAAGGCAAAAACAAACAAGUGGACAUCAAAAGACAUUCCCAUUUCCUUUGAGUCAACCCAAGUGAUUCAUAUAAAUAUAGUAAUAACGGAGUUGUAAAUAUUUGUAUUAUUUUGUUUGUUUUGAGACAGCUUAAGUUCAGCUAUGAACAAAAAUAGUAAGCUUAACUGUCCAUUUUAUUUCACUCAGUCAUUAUUUUAAUUGUGUGAUGUUGGUGGUUUAUAUCCAGAAUGUCCCUUGCCCAUUCAUAAAUCUAGGUUUUGCAGCUAAAGAUGUAAAUGACGUUUAUAUCUGGUAAUUAAAAAUAGCACAUUCACAGGGAGAGGAUCUACCUAUUCUUUUAUGAAAACUUUUAUUUUCCAGGCCAUGAUGGAACACUCGGCACUUAACUUGAUAACAGUGUAAAUUCAUAGCAAAUAUGACAUUUCUGAAUGAGCAGCAUACUCUCCGGAAAUAAACCACUACAAACACACACUGGACAGGUGCCUAUACUACAAUGCUGGUUCAGGAUAAGUUCAGAGGUAAAUCAUCUAAUAGAAGAGCCUGGAGUCCUUACUUUCUAAAGAAAAGCUCUUUUAUUAGAUUAUUUACCUUGCAACAUAACCUUAACUUAUCCUGAACCCACUUUGUAGUAUAGACCCCUGGACAGUUAAAAGUUAUUAUUUCCUGACAGCAGUGUAUUGCUGUCUAGACCUGCGAUUAUCAUUUAUCCAUAACUUAGGUAGAGGGGUUGAUGAGAAGUGUUACGUUGGAGCAGGGUUUGAGGGAGAGAUGGGGUUAACCAGGGGUGCAUUUCUGGAAACCAAAGUUCCUAACUACAUUAGCUACUUUGUUGUUUGCAAUGCAUUUUCCCAUUGGCAACUACCCAAGUUGCUAACUGGCUAACAACUACGCUUUCGAGAAACAAACCCCUGCUUGUUUAUGGUUUCUGGAUCAUUGAACUAAAAUGUUCUUAUAGUUUAUCCUUUACAUUGUUAUAAUAUUCUUACAGUUCAGGGUUCUGGACAGCAUAGACCCUCUGUUGCAUUCAAUCCAAGGAACUGUCACCAGAAAGUAAUCUCAACAGUCUCCCUGUCAUGAGGGCCUUGUGUGGGUUUUAUGUUGUCAAUGGGUGAUGAGAGGGUCGUACAAGUUUUACAAUCUGCUGCAAGUCCUUUCCAGUUUCUCACGAUUUGUGCCAGCCUGAAACUCCUGAAUUCCACAGACUUUGCUGUGCUGUGUUGACUAUUGGUUUAUCCGCUUUCUUGGAAUAUUAAUUUCUCUCAAUAAAAACUUCCUGUGACUUAAUUUUCACGAGC